AUGGACGACGAGCGACUACCAAAACGACUCUUCUACGGAGACGUCGCGACGGGUUCUCGCCGUCAAGGAGGCCAAAUUCGCCGUUACAAGGAUACCCUGAAGUCCUCUCUGAAGCGACUGCAAAUCAACCCGACCAACUGGGAAGAGCUCGCCCGCGAUCGUCCGACAUGGAGGAGAACAGUGUAGACGGGCACUGCUAUCUAUGAAACCAGCCGCAUCGCUGCCGCCAAAGUGAAACGCGAAGCCCGCAAAUCAUAACUUCGCCCAGUACGCAACGCCGCCGCACAACCGCUUCCAACGUGUCCUCGGUGUCAACGGACAUUCCAGGCUCGAAUCAGACUUGUUGGAUAUCUUUGGACCAACUGCGCCUCUCGAACUGCACCAACCAUCGUUCCCACGCCCGCCUCUUACUCGUCCUCUCUGUCGCCUACUAACUCUGACAAUUCUUCUGUACUACCACUUCCAUCCUCCUCCACUGCCCCAACGGCGGCCGCUCGGACGGUCGUCUCGCACAUCACCAACCCCCACACAACAACCGACAACACCCCCACCUCUCCCGAUCCCAGUGAUGAGGAUCAGGACUACACCUGCCCUCACUGCGACCGCACCUUCACCUCUCGCAUCGGCCUGGUCGGUCACUUGCGAAUACAUCGCACAGAGGCUGGUGAACCAGUGCCUGGAGCACUAACCUACACCCACCGCACUCGCCUCCACUGCCUACACUGCCCUCGCACCUCCACGCAUCGCAUGGGCCUAUUCGGUAACAUGCGCAUCCACGAGAGCGGAAUUGACCGCAGCCUCGACACACCCACCCCGCCGAGCCCCACAUUCAAUUCAUCACCACCAACCACCCCCCAACCGACAUCGACGCCACCGACUUUACCACCCCUCACUCCUCCCCUUCCUCCUCCUCUUCCUCCUUCACUGCCACAACGGCGGCCACUCCGGCGUCUGUCGCGCACGACAUCACCACAGCCACACCUGACACAACAACAGGCAUAACCCCUGCAACCUCCGUCAUCAGAGGUGAGGACCAGGACUACACCUGCCCUCACUGCGAUCGCACCUUCACUUCACGCAUCGGCCUGGUCGGUCACUUGCGAAUCCAUUGCAUAGAGACCGACGAGCCAGUGCCUGGAGCACCAACCUACACCCACCGCACUCGCCUCCACUGCCCACACUGCCCUCGCACCUUCACACAUUGCAUGGGUCUAUUCGGCCACAUGCGCAUCCACGAGAGCGGAAUUGACCACAAUUCCGAGACACCAACCACAUCCAACACAUCCACCAUGCCCAGCACCACGCCCGCUCCAUCGCCCUGCUCGCUCAUCACCACCACCACCACCACUGCUUCCUCUGCAGCCGACACCGCCGACUUCUCGUGCCCUCACUGUCCACGCACAUUCACCUCACGCAUUGGCCUUGUCGGUCACUUGCGAAUCCAUCACACAGAGUCUGGAGAACCAGUGCCUGGAGCACCAACCUACACCCACCAAGCUCGUCUCAACUGCCCACAUUGUCCCCGCACUUUCAGGCAUCGUAUGGGCCUAUUCGGUCACAUGCGCAUCCACGACGACCUGCGGUAG